CUUCUUCCUGGCUGAAACUCGUCCAGCGGCAGAGAUCCGACAUCGCCUUCGCCUGCAGACACAGAAGGCCUUGUGUCCCACCAUGUACUCUGCGGGCCUGGAGAUCCUGGGGAUGAUCCUGGCGGUGGCGGGCUGGCUGGGGGUGAUGGUGGCGUGCGGCCUGCCCAUGUGGCGCGUGGCGGCCUUCAUCGGCCAGAACAUCGUCAUCUCCCAGGUGAUCUGGGAGGGCCUGUGGAUGAACUGCUCGGUGCAGAGCACGGGCCAGAUGCACUGCCGCGUCCACGAGUCCAUGCUGGGGCUUCCCACCGACCUGCAGGCCGCCCGGGCCUUGGUCAUCGUCUCCAUGGUGAUGAGCAUCGUGGGAAUCGGCUUGGCGGUGGCCGGCGCCAAGUGCACCAACUGCAGCCGGGACGUGAGCAGCAAGCCGCGGCUGGUGGUGGCGUCCGGCGUGACGUUCGUGGCGGCCGGGCUGCUGAUGCUGGUGGCCGUGUCGUGGACGGCCCACGCCAUCGUGCUGGGCUUCUACGACCCCAUGCUGGAGGAGACCGGGAAGCGGGAGUUCGGGAACGCUCUGUACUUUGGCUGGGCCGCGUCCUGCCUGCUCAUCCUGGGGGGCGCUCUGCUCUGCUGCUCCUGUCCGUCUAAAGCUGCAGCAACUGCAGCUGCAGCAGCUGCAGCGCCGAGUGGCGGCGGCGGCGUCUCCGCAGCAACCAGGGUGGAUUACUCAGCCGUCAAAAGCACUACGGUCAACGGAUACACCAGGAAGGACUAUGUCUGAGCGACUGACAUGACUGAAAAUGUUUGUGGAUAGAAAAACAAAGACAGAGAACCUUACCAAGUAUUAUCCUCCAGUUUCUGAUGCAAAACUAAACAAAAAUUACUUAUAAGGAACUUUUCAACAAAGUAGGAGCUAAAGCUUUGAAGAUGAUUUGAACUAUUUUAUAACUAAAUUUAUUCGUGAAAUCUAAUUUUGAUUCAGACCAACGUUUAUUGAAAAGUUUCCUAAAAUAUCAAGAUUCUUAAUUAAAAUGUUCAAAACAAGAAAGAAUUUUACAGUUUUACAGUUUUUUUGCAACCACUGCAAAAAAAA